UUUCGAAUUAAUAUUACCUUAUUGAAUAUAGCAAAUUACAAACUAUGUGCAACUGCACAUUCGUUAGGACAAAAGACAAUGUAUCUUUGUUUUUUGAAUAUAACCUGAUGCUGGGAAAUUUUAAUUUUGUGACAAUAGAUUUUGAUAGAUCAUAAAAUCAGAAUGGACCACAUUCCCCGCCUAUCAGAGAUCCUCUAUGUAGGUCUGAGUCGUUUUGAGAUAGGGACACCAAGUGAAUUGACCAUCAGAAGGGAUGUAAGUGACGUGGAAGACUUGCUACAUAGAAAACGUACAAAAAGAAAAAAUGAAUGUCCAGUCAGACUUAUGCUUAGCGGUAGUCAUAGGGAGGGAUUCAGGUUAAAUUCAUCUGACAUGGAUUACAUGUCAUGGGUUGAUUGUUUUAAAGUAAUUAAUGACCUUUGUCAGUUAAGAGAUUACAAUCCAUCAAUUCAUCAUAAUAUUAUGCUGAUGGAGGACACAGAUAUAUCGCCAGGUUUUGUUAGAUUACAGCUCUUAACGCCGCCACGUUCUGAUUACUUAAGAUCGUUAUUCAUUAUAUUAAAUGAUAGAUUUUAUAUAUCAAAUUUGUUAUGGAGACAAUGGACCUUUCAUAAUUUUUUUUCUAAUUAUAAUCUACAAAGUUCAUGUCUUCAUGGUCCUUGCACGAGUGGUUACAAGGGAACUAUUCAAUAUGAUCAUACACUUUGUGUGUUCUGCAAAUAUUGGCCAAGUACUACUGGAAACUGGAUAAAAAGAUGCCUUAGCCACAAAUGUCCUUCUGCAAAUGUACUUAAAGACAUUUUAAACAAUGGUUAUCACUGUGUGGCUAUUGGGAGUAAAUGUACCACCAGUAGAAAUGAUUUAGAGUGGAGAUUAUCCUUUUCUAUGGCUGAGCUAAAACUAGUGUACACUAUGAACCAUACUCAGUUUACAUGUUAUGGAUUACUUAAAAUAUUUCUCAGUGAAGUAAUCAAUAAAAACGUGGAGGAACCAUUACUUUGUUCAUACUUCAUGAAGACUACAAUGUUCUGGUUAAUACAGGUCGGACAUAUGAACUGGUGUCGUACCAAUCUGCUGGAAUGCUUUUGGAUGUGUUUUAAGUAUCUCAUUCUCUGUGUGUAUCGUGGUAAAUUCGAGAAUUUUUUUAUUCCGCAGAACAAUAUGUUUUUGAACAAAAUUGUCGGGGUUGCACGUGAAUCUCUUCUAGAACAACUUUAUCAGUAUUACAGGUUAGGCGUGUCCAGUCUACUCCUUAGUCCGACACUCAGAUCUAUCCUUGAGCCAGCUCUUUCCGAUCUGACAUCAGUGAUCCCCUCAUUAGAAGGACAUUGUAACGAUAUUGCAUGUAUUGAUCGUUGUGUCAGAAAUGAACUUUCGCUUUUCGGUAAAUUUUUUUAUGACUUGGAAGACAUUUCUUUGUUUUUAAAAUCUGUAGACACUUUGUUACAAUUGUCACUGUCACCAUAUCAAUCAGUAACAAUACAGUACUGGACAGCUGAGUGUCUUGCUCUAGCAGCCUUCAUGAUUGUAAACAGUGUCCAAUAUUUUAAGCAUAAAUAUGUAUACUGUUUGGACAGAAAACUUUGUAGCAUGUUGAAAUUGUCAUCUCAGAUAGGAACCAUCUGCCAUUCACUGUAUUUAGCUUUGUAUUACUAUAGGACAGGGAGAUAUAAUGAAGCACUGUAUAUAACUAACCUGACUAAACGAAGACUUUCAGAGCCCCAUGUUAUGCAUAGCGAUAUUAGAGACAGUUAUAGAUAUAGGGAAUGUAUGAGUGGUCUGUCUUUGUCUGAAAGAAUUAAAGGUGCUUGGACAGUGUCAAUUAGACUUCAUCCUAAGAUAUGCUAUAUUGAAGAAUUAACAUUAGAACAGUCGGUUGUAAUUGAAAAAAUAAUGACUUUAUAUAUUCCUCCAUCUGUAUUAGUACAGAUGUUGUCAGUGUUAUCGCACUAUAAACUGGGUAAUAGAUCCCAGUGUUCACAGUCACUGACAGACCUACACACACUGCUGUUCUAUGAUGAAGGGACUUGUGUGCCUUUAUUCACCAGAGACAUAUCCUGGCAGAUACUGGGGAUCUGUCAGCAAGUUGUGGGGGACUUACAUGGGGCUUUACGGUCUUAUCGAGAAUCGCUUAAAGAGAAUCCACGUCAUAAAUUGCAGAAAGCUACAAAACUUAGAAUAGAGUACAUACAAGAUGAACUGUGUAGGAAUUUACGUGAAUAACUUUAAAUUUUUGAAACCAUGAUAUCAAUUUUGCAAUUUAUUACAAAAGGCAUCCAAAGUGAGGACAAAGAAAAC